UUGCAGUUUCCACGACGCACUCUCUCUCUCUCCCUCUCCCUCUCCCUCUCCCUCUCUUUGUCUCUGUGUGCGUCUCUAUCUCUCUCUCUCUCGCUCUCGCGCUGAUGCAUCCCAUCUCAAACCCCAACAAGCCACUGCAGCAUCACCAUCGCUAACCAAAGCCAAAUGGGUAAAGCCUCCAAGUGGUUCCGAGCCAUUCUCGGCCUUAAAAAACCCGUCCAUCAUCCGUCAGAAGGGCAGCAGCAAACCUCGGGUCGUUCCAAGGAGAAACGAAGAUGGAGCUUUGUGAAAUCAUACCGCGAGAAAGAUCAACCACAACACCACAUCAAGCGCGAAGUUUUGGAUGGUAAGGAGGUUUCCUUAACGUUUCAAAAUUCUUCAGAUUACGAAGAGCAACCUAACAAGCACGCGAUCGCAGUAGCAGCUGCCACGGCUGCAGUUGCGGAGGCCGCGGUGGCAGCUGCUCAUGCGGCUGCAGAGGUUGUGAGAUUGACAAGUAGCGGAAGAGACGCUAACACUCUAUCAAUGACGUACGUUUCUGAGAGCCAUGCGUGGCGUGAGGAUUUGGCUGCCGUUAAGAUACAAGCGGCUUUUCGCGGGUACUUGGCAAGAAGGGCACUGCGAGCAUUAAAAGCACUGGUAAGGCUUCAGGCGCUGGUAAGAGGUCACAUUGAGAGGAAGCGAACUGCUGAAUGGGUUCAACGAAUGCAAGCAUUAUUGAGAGCCCAGGCACGAGCACGUGCAGGAAGGAUACAGCUACACGUCUCUGAAUCUUCACAUUCAAGUAGCAAGUCUUCUCACUUUCACCACCCUGGUCCGCCCACCCCUGAAAAAUUUGAAAAUGCAAUACGUCCUAGGAGUGGGAAAUAUGAGCAGCCAUCAAUGCUUAAGAGGACUGGAUCAAAAUCUAAUAGCAGGGCAAUUAGUGAUGAAGACAAAGCACAGUUGCCUUUUAAUUGGUCAGGACGUCGAACGGAUGAAAGCUCAUGGGAGAAGAGUGACAAGAUCCUUGAAGUAGAUACAGAGAAACCCCACAUCAAUCUUAAACGCAGAAACCUUUUCCACUCCUCUCAUCUUGCGUUAGCAUCAGAUCAAUAUACUCAUAGCUUCACCACUUCAAAGGACUCCACGACUCAUCAAACAGUUCCAAGCCCAUCAUCUGGUGAAAUACAGUCUUCAAGUCCUUUGAAAUUUCCCCACGAGGAUGAGGACGUCUACUCAGCAUCAUCAAAAGGAGGCUGUGGUAGAAGAAGUCCCUUCACUCCCAGUAAGAGCGAUGCCUCAGCAAGCUUCCUGAGCGGAUACUCAGACUACUACUACCCAAAUUACAUGUGUUAUACUGAAUCAUCAAGGGCUAAAUUGAGAUCUCUUAGUGCCCCAAAGCAAAGGCCUCAAUAUGAGAGAUCAAGUUCAACAAAGAGGUACUCAAUUCAUGGCUUUGGGGAACAAAGAUCAAACAGUGCACAGAGGGCUUCUGCUUUGCGUGCAAGCUUUACCAGCAAAGCUUAUCCGGGAUCUGGUCACUUGGACAGACUAGGAAUGCCUAUUGAGCAGAGAUUUUAAGACGUGAUUCCAGUGGUGGUCCUGGUUUUUGGCUGAUUUGUAUUUGUGAUCUUCCUGUAUCAUUGGGACUCACCAGAGAUUUAGCAACAAAAACAACUAAUUCCUUUUAAGGAAUAACACAGCUUGGAUUCUGGUAAUCAGAUGGCUUAUCUAGUCAUUACAUUUUUGUCUUGAAGGAGCUUCGGUAAGAUGAUUACUGAAGUAAAAUUUUCGAAGAAAUGCAUAAAACUCUCUUUAUUCGGUUUGCACUUUAUGGUGAAACGGAGAUUCCAAAUAGAAUAAUAGCAACCCGUUAAAACUUUCCAAAUCAAAGUGACUUCGAUAGGAAAGCGAGACAAGAAAAGCGCAUGAGCCAUCACCAUCGAACGAGCUAUCACUAUUUGUCUACCUUCUGACUAUUACUUUGGAGUAUAGAUUUGGAGAGGAGAAGAAAACCCACAACAAAAACAGACAGGAAUAAUAAAAUCUUCCUCACAGCAAACCUUCUUGCCGAAACCAAAAGAGGAAAAAAAAAAAACUAC